AGACGGGCCUGUUACUGGAGCGCCGGUAAUGAGUGGUUCGCGUGAGAGGGAUGGCGGGUUCCGUGUGACGACAUCUGUCCGGUAUCGACCGGCCCCCGUGUCAGCGGCACCACAAGCUGGAGCGCUGGCCAGACUCAUACAGGGGAGAAAAAUGGCGAAGCACUUGAUAUUUUUGACCAGCUUAUUAACAAGUUGUGUAACCGCACAGUUUAGCCAAGAUUUGUCACUUCAUAGCGAGAACUUGGUGCGCAUGUUCAGGGAUUAUCUGUUAUCCGAUGAACAACAUUUCCAGCUCUUAAGGGAUACAAGAGAAGUUCAAUUCAAUGAAAACCCAGGAGUGAUACGAAGAGAUGCCCCUGUGUCAUACAGAGUACAAAAUUUCGCUAUGUGGUAUGAACCUGGAUCGGGAAUGCGUUUUUGCGAGACAAACCAAUCUGCUGUGUUUGAACAAUGCAUUGAUACGUCUAGUAACUGCCAGUAUUUGAGUAAUACUCUACAAAUCUGUAAAAAGCCCGAUGCUGCGAAGAAUCUUGGUUGUAUUAAAACUUGUCGCUUAUGCAAUGAUAAGUGUGCGACCGGUGAACACAACUGUCACAAGUUAGCGGAUUGCAAAACGACAGCAGAGGGCUUUCUUUGUACCUGUAAAAAAGAUUACGAAGGUGAUGGCGUCACUUCCUGUGCAGACGUGGACGAAUGCAAAACCAACAAACACAACUGUCUGGCAAACCGAGAAUGUGUAAAUCUGGACGGAGGAUACACUUGUAUGCCCUUAGGUACGUCGAAAUUUCCAUCCAAUGUAUCAUCGUGCAAUAGAGGAUACAUGCUAAAAAACGGAAGAUGUGAAGACGUUGAUGAGUGCAGUGACUCCAAUUUGAACGCCUGUGAUAAGAACGCUGCCUGUACGAACACAGUAGGAAGCUACACAUGUCGAUGUAACGUAGGCUAUUUCGGCGCUGGAUCGUUCUGCACUGAUGAAAAUGAAUGUACCUCGGGAAAACAUAGAUGUGAUUUAAAGACCUCCACAUGUCAAAAUGCCGUCGGGAGUUACCGCUGUGCGUGCAAGAAUGGUUACAAAGAGUCGGCAGGAAAGUGUACAGAUAUUAACGAGUGUGAAGGAAAACAUGGUUGUUCUUCGAGUGCGAAGUGUGUGAACACCGUCGGCUCCUACGGCUGUCAGUGUCUGCCUGGGUACAGGGGAAACGGGUUCAAUUGUCAAGAUGUCGAUGAAUGUUCCAAGGGAGAGCGAAACUUCUGUGACAAGCUUGCCUCCUGCACGAAUACGGUCGGCUCCUACUCCUGCACUUGUCCAAAGGGUUACUAUGGAAGCGGAUUUUACUGUCAUGACAAAGAUGAGUGCCGCCGCCGAUCUGACAACAAAUGUCACUCCCGGGCAAAAUGCACCAACAUCCCCGGAUCCUACACGUGUAGCUGUUUGAGUGGUUAUACAGGGGACGGGGUCAAGAGUUGCAGCAGAAAACAGAAAGUGAAGUGGAAUUGGUGGGGUUAAUCGUCUUAGAUGAGGUUUACAGGCAAUUGUGUCCAAUCUAAAUAAAUUUCAAAGUUUCAAA